UGAGCGGAGACGCCGCUCGGGAUCACAAGACCAGGAGGACGCCGUAUCCCGGUACCGCAGGCUGAUUCGCUCCUGCUCGAAGGCCGUUUAUAGCUGUGGGAAUUAAUUUACGGGCACCCGAGUAAGCGCGCUUCUGCCUACGCGUCUUCCUUGACGAACGAGGAGGUGGUUGUGGAGUGAGGGGAGUGUGUGUGUGUGUGAGUAAUGGAGCAGCAGAGACAGCGUUCACUCUCCACAGCAGGAGAAUCACUGUAUGUGGUCCUGGGAGUUGAUAAAAACACAGCACCAGAAGAAAUAAAGAAAUCCUACAGAAAACUAGCUCUGAAGUUCCACCCUGACAAGAAUCCUGACAACCCAGAAGCGGCCGACAAAUUUAAAGAAAUCAACAAUGCUCACGCCAUUCUGUCAGACCCCACCAAACGUAACAUCUAUGACAAAUACGGAUCUCUGGGCCUCUACGUGGCAGAACAGUUCGGAGAGGAGAAUGUUAACACAUACUUUGUAUUGUCCAGCUGGUGGGCCAAGGCACUGUUUAUAUUCUGCGGUGUGGCCACAGGCUGUUAUUUCUGCUGUUGUCUAUGCUGCUGUUGUAACUGCUGCUGUGGGAAAUGUAAACCUCAUCCUCCUCGGUCAGAUGAGCCGGAGUUCUAUGUGUCUCCUGAAGACCUGGAAGCUCAGAUGCAGUCUGAUGAGAGAGGCCGUGCAGAUGGCAGCAGCCCCAUCGUGAUGCAGCCAUCUUCUGCCACAGAGACCACUCAGCUGACCGCAGACUCUCACCACACCAGCUACCGGACGGACGCCAGCUAUUAAACCCUCUCUCACACACAUGGGACCACCAUGCCAGACAAGGUCACAGUGGGCAGUGGGUGAUCCUGAGGAAAGAGGAUGAGCAGUUAGUUAGUUGCAGUAUCAUUGGAAAACCUGAAACGCUCCACUGUACAGGGAAAGAAGCAAGUUUAUUUUAAUUUGCCUUUAACCUAUUAUCCCCAAACCUUCUGCUGUGUUAUACUUACACACACACACACAGGCAUUCUUACAGUGUCCAUACAGUCUUCCUGCUAUGAUCCAAGCUUCAUCUUGCCAACAGCUGCUGGUAUGCACUGGUUAUCAGACUGCGUUUGUCUAUAUAAUACGUUUUUUAAUAAUUUACAGAUUUUAAUUCAAGCAUGAAUUUGUUUCUACAACAACAGUACACAAGGAAGUAUUUUUUAUGCUUUAGUGCAAUGGAUAAUGAAGCUGCCUGGCAUUACACUAGCUGACUCGGAAAAAAAAAAAAUCAUUCUAGAGGUUGUCACACUUGUGCUACCAUUCAAACAUUCACAGUCACUAAAUUUAUUGAUUGAUUUUUCAGAAAGGAUGCAUUCAUUUGAAAAGGGACAGUAGAGAUUUAGGUUACAAAUCAUUUUAGGUCUAUUUUAGAUGCCAUUCUUUUGAGCUUUAUGUUCAUAUAUAAGCAGCACAACUGUUUUCAACACUGAUGAUAAUAAAUCAAUAUAGCGGGUCAGCAUAUUAGAACGAUUUCUGAAGGAUUAAGUGACACUGA